AUGCAGCGAGAACAGACCAUUUCUAGUCGUCAUAAGCGGGUGUCCAACGCCUGCCAGCGAUGCCGCAAGCACAAGAUCAAAUGCUCGGGUACUCAACCCUGCAGAACCUGCACCCACAGAGGCAGUGCUUGCAAUUUUGUCUCCGACGACAGGAAUAUCCUUGUAUCGGAAAGGUCUCUUGCCAAUAUCCGCAAAAGGCUCGAGAACUUUGAGAGAAACUACAGGCAAUCUGUUUCACCGCCAAAGGAUUCCCCUGAAUUACCUGGCUCUAUAUCCACGCCGGAACAGCCUAACGAACAGACUAAUCCACCGCCCCUCUCCGAGCCAAGAGGGUCUCUCCCAUCACCUGACAAAGACCAAAGCCGAAAUCAGAGCCAAGACCAGGUGGCUCUGCAGCCUUCGGCGGUAAGGCCUCGAGAUGAUGAAGUCGCGAACCAGACGGUGUCACCUCCAGGCGAUGGCAGCACUGACGAUGCCGACGUCUCGAACCUCCUCGUGCCUGAGCAGCCGAGCUAUAUGUCCGACUACUCGGGCAGGCUGAGGUUUCUUGGACACUCUUCGACCUGGUCCUUUAGUCACCAGGUCCUGCAGAUGGCCUCACAAGGCACAGGGCUUUCCUGUUCCCCAACUGCUUCAAUGCAGAGGCACGUAGAUGGUCAAACCUACAGCAUCGACUCACACCGCCGGGUGGACCUCGGCACCAUCGAGACGACUGGUCUUCCUUCCCUAGAACUCGCUGUUUACUACCUCCAGAGCACCAAGUUCCGGACUUACCCUUUCUUCCAUCUGUUUGAAGAGACUGACUUCAUGCAAAACCUCCACCUCUUCUACCGCAAUCCCCAGGAAUAUGCCAGGACGCACAGCCUAUGGUACGUGCACUAUCUAUUCAUCAUGGGAUUUGGAAAAUCCUUCAUGAGGCAGCAAGCAACCGUUGGACCCGCGGGCUCGGACCUUUUCACGCGUGCAAUGGCACAGAUGCCGGAUGUCACAUAUCUCUGUCGUGAUCCUGUCAAGGCUACCGAGAUAUUUUGCUGUGUUGCACUUUACCUUCACUGUAUCGAUCAUCGGGUUGCUGCGCACUCUUAUAUCGGCCAGGCUGUGAGAAUGGCUCAGUCGCAUGGCCUUCAUACCAACUUGCAGUCUUCCUCAGUUGGCAAUCGACUUGCCCAGCAUGGUGACCGCCUUUGGUGGACCGUCUACACUCUCGACCAGAAGCUGUCAUCAUUGAUGGGCAUGCCAAGCGGCAUCGUUGAUGACCACAUCAGUGCCCCGUUGCCACAGAUAUCUGAAAAUGAUAUCCAUAUAUCGGCACUUGCGAUUCAUAUCAGGAUUUCACAACUCCUGGGUUCUAUUGCUAUCACUGUUUAUGGGUCAAAAGCAACUGUCAAAGAAUCGUUUUUGUCGACCGUACGCAAAGUACUGAAAGGCAUCGCGGACUUAAGUGAAGACCUAGCCGCCGUUGCAUCACGAUCGUUUGGUGAAAUCUCUCGUGUGUCAGCCCACCUCGAUCUGCAGUAUAAUCAGUGCAUUGUCCUUACUGUUAGACCGCUUUUGUUUCAUCUGUAUAAGCAAAAGGUUGAAGCCUUGGGUGUGAAUGGGGAAUUCAACAUGCAUCCGUCUAUUAUGGAACUGAUUGAGGUCUUGACAAGUUCCACCGUCCGGGUGGCAAACAUACUGUCACAAUUGAAGAAACAUGGACUCUUAGACAUUCUCCUCCCCUUUGACCUCGAAGCAGCCUAUUCGGCUGCUUUCGUCUUGGUCAUGGCCUCCGAAGUAGGAGCCAAGCAUUCCAUGCAUGAGGUAUCUCUCGCAGCCUUAUUUGAGGUGUUUGACAACAUGAUCAUGGCAGGGAAUCUCUUGGCCAGCUCACGAAAAGCCGAGGUAGAAGAGUUGGCUUACUCGUUACGAAAGCAGUUCCAUCCUGGUUUCAACACAGAUGAUAGUGCAUCGGGAGCUGUCAUGUCUGACCAGCCUUGUGAUGCAACAUUUGCAAGCCAAUUUGGCUUACCUAGCGCCGGUGGGACCUUUUUUGAUGAAUGGAUCCCUGAGAAUUCGUACCCAAACUCUCAGCUCAUAGGCCUGGCCGAUUCGCUCACCAUGGACGAACUUCAUGAGCUAUGGGUAUAG